AGUGGCUCACUCAGUUAAUCCGUGUGCAUUAAUCGCACGCAGUCGCAGUGGCAGUGUCAGUGGCAGAGCAGAGCGCAGUGUCAGCCAAAAAGUCACCAAAAGUUACCACGCAGUUAAAUAGAGAGAUUGCUCCGCGGAACCAUUAGUAGCAAUGGUGUGAGUGCAUCCUUCAAUCCCUCCUCCAAUCGGUGUGUGUGUGUGCGCGAUGGCCAGCAGCGCUGCGGGCGGACCAGCAGGGCCUGGCACUGGCCCUGCGCCGCCCCCCGUCAAUCACACCCAUGCCGUGUGCGUGUGGGAGUUCGAGUCGCGCGGCGGCAAGUGGCUGCCUUACUCGCCGGCCGUGUCGCAGCACCUGGAGCGGGCGCACGCCAAGAAACUCACCCGAGUGAUGCUGAGCGACGCAGACCCCAGCCUGGAGCAGUACUACGUGAAUGUGCGCACUAUGACCCAGGAGUCGGAGGCCGAAUCGGAGACGGGCCUGCUCACGAUUGGGGUGCGGCGCAUGUUCUAUGCCCCCAGCUCGCCGGCGGGCAAAGGCACUAAGUGGGAGUGGUCGGGCGGCAGUGCGGACAGUAACAGUGACUGGCGGCCCUACAACAUGCAUGUGCAGUGCAUCAUCGAGGAUGCCUGGGCGCGGGGCGAACAAACGCUAGAUCUAUGCCGCACCAACAUCGGGCUCCCCUACACCAUCAAUUUCUGUAAUCUCACCCAGCUGCGGCAGCCAAGCGGACCGAUGCGCAGCAUACGGCGCACCCAGCAAGCUCCCUAUCCGCUGGUGAAGCUCACGCCACAGCAGGCCAUCCAGCUGAAGAGCAGCAGCAAUGCCAGCAACUACACCACGUUGACAAAGUUGGUGGAGAGCAAGUCGCUCCAUCGAAUGCCCAUGAAUCGGCAACAGCAUCCGCUGCCUGCAACCCACCAUCACCAUCAUCAUGCGCAGCAGCAGCAACAGCAGCAGAUGCAUCAUCAGCAGCAGCAGCAGCAGCAGCAACAACAGCAUCAACAGCAGCAGCAGCAUCAUCAUCAUCAUCAGACGGCACCAAGGAAGCCGCCGAAGAAGCACAGCGAGAUAUCCACGACCAAUCUGCGUCAGAUACUCAACAAUCUGAACAUCUUCGGCAGCAGCACCAAGCACUCGAGCAUGCCGGCAGCCAGUGCCAGUUCUUCCUCCUCAUCGGCCUCGGCCUCCACGCACACUCUUCACCACAGCAGCCAUAUGCCACACUCGCACGGGCACCCCCACACACACACACAUGCCCACACCCACGCCCACGCCCACACCAUCUCUAAUUCUCAUUUCACGCACGGCAAGAACAUUGUGACCUCGUCGAUGAACAGCCACCACAGCCGCUGUUCGGAGGGAUCGCUGCAGUCGCAGCGGAGCAGCCGCCUCGGGUCGCAUAGGUCCCGGUCACGGACGCGUGCCUCCGACACGGAUACGAACAGCGUCAAGUCGCACCGGCGACGCCCGAGCGUGGACACCGUCUCCACUUACCUCAGCCACGAGAGCAAGGAGAGCCUUAGGAGCCGCAACUUUGCCAUAUCUGUAAAUGAUCUGCUCGACUGCUCCCUGGGCAGUGACGAGGUGUUUGUGCCAUCGCUGCCGCCUUCAUCGCUGGGCGAACGGGCCCCAGUGCCGCCACCGCUGCCUCUGCAUCCGCACCAGCAGCAACAGCAACAACAACAGCAGCAGCUCCAGCUUCAACUCCAGCAGCAAUCAAUCGCCGGUUCGAUUGUGGGCGUGGAUCCGGCCAGCGACAUGAUAUCGCGAUUCGUGAAGGUGGUAGAGCCGCCCCUAUGGCCCAAUGCCCAGCCCUGUCCCAUGUGCAUGGAGGAGCUGGUGCACUCCGCCCAGAAUCCGGCCAUAUCGCUGAGUCGUUGCCAGCAUCUGAUGCACCUCCAGUGCCUCAAUGGCAUGAUCAUUGACCAGCAGAACGACAUGAACAAGAACCUCUUUAUUGAGUGUCCCGUGUGCGGUAUCGUCUAUGGUGAAAAGGUGGGUAACCAGCCCAUCGGCAGCAUGUCCUGGAGCAUCAUUAGCAAGAACCUGCCCGGUCACGAGGGCCAGAACACCAUACAGAUUGUCUACGACAUUGCCUCUGGUCUGCAGACAUCCGAGCAUCCGCAUCCGGGUCGUGCAUUUUUUGCCGUGGGCUUUCCGCGUAUCUGCUACCUGCCCGACUGCCCGCUGGGCCGCAAGGUGUUGCGCUUCCUGAAGAUCGCCUUCGAUCGGCGCCUGCUUUUCUCGAUUGGACGAUCGGUGACCACGGGCCGGGAGGACGUAGUCAUCUGGAAUAGUGUCGAUCACAAGACGCAGUUUAAUAUGUUCCCGGAUCCCACCUACCUGCAGCGCACCAUGCAGCAGUUGGUCCAUCUAGGCGUGACAGAUUGAAACCAGAUGGAAACACAGGCGAUCUGCGAACCAUGUCCCCCCUCCCACCGAUGCGGUCUCCAUUCUGCCCCCACAUCUCUUCCACUUUGUUUUUAAGUUACUUCCUACUACAUAAUCUCAGUGUGUGUGCAAUCCUCGUUACUAUAAUAUAUUUUUUUCAAUAGGAUAUAUUGUAGAAUGUACCGCCAAGCGUUCGAGCUGCUCGAACCCUAAAACCAACUGCAACAACAGCAAUGCCGUAACAGCAACAGCAACAAUUGUAACCUUGACAACUCUUCCUUUCGCGCUCUUCCAAUUCGUAUUUCAUAGUAUUCACUAAGCGCUAAUCGUUAAUCGUACAUAUACAUAUACUAUGUAUUAGCCAGCACUUAGUAUAACAAAUAGUUUAGUUCGUAAAAGAGAAUCUUAAACCAAGACACCUAUUAGUAUUAGGAAUAGAGAACCCCAACCCCAACCCUAUCCUAUCCUAUCCCAAAAACCAAAACCAGCCAGGCCAUUCCCCAAGCAAUCAAGAGGUGUCCCAAGCUGUGCCAAAAUUAUAGAAUCCCCCUCGUAUCGGGCGGGGGAGGGGAUGACUAUGUAUAUUGUUGAUAUAGCAUAGGCUCUUGCCUCCUACGUAUCAUCCCUACCUCUCUCUCUCUGUCUCUUCAUUCAUUUAUUCAUAUAUUUUUCUAAGAUCAUGCAAUGCUAUAGUUUUAU